GCCAAACAGCCUGGUGGCCCCACAAGGGGGCCGGUGGAUAUAGAUUGUGCGGAGUGUGUUGCAAACUGGGUGGGCUCAUCUUCUGCUGCGUAUACGAGGAGGCCCUUGCAGCAGUACGCAGUGCCCUCAAGAAAGCCGGCAUUGCCCUUGUGCUGAACACUGCCAAGGGCAUUUCCUUCUGGACCUCGGCUGAGAACGGCGACGCCGUGAACCUCACGGUUGAAGUCACAUACGUCGAUGAUGAGGCGAUCGCCAUAGUCACCCGUUCCUCCACCCAGCUCCGCGAGGCCAUCGGCACGGUGACCAACCUUUACGCCAAGGUAUUCGCCGAGUUCGGCCUGCGCAUCAACUGGAAGAAGGGCAAGAGCGAAGCUAUCGUCCGCUGACGCGGCCCGGGUGCCACGAAAGUCGUUGCUGAGCUGAGGUCUGAGGGCGGCCUCCGCAUCCCGCUCGACGACGGAACUACCGCCAUGCACGUAGUGGAUGGGUACCAGCAACUCGGCGGCGUGAUCUCCGCCAGCGGGAGCAUGGUGCCAGAGGCCCGGCAGCGAGCCUCCUCGGCUAUGUCCGCCUGCUCCCCGAUCGCGUCCAAGGUAUUCUCCUCGGAUGUCAUCGGUACCACCAUGAAGCUCCACCUGCUCCACAGCCUGGUCCUGUCGAGACUGCUGUACAACGUCGCCAUAUGGACAAUGUCCCCCGCGGCUCUCAAGCAGAUCAACGGUCCCUACAUGCGUGCCCUGAGACGCAUUGCUGGCGAUAUGAAGGCUGGGCAUGCGCCUGCCUUCUCGGACCUUGCAGUCCGCCAGAGGCUACAUGUACCGUCCAUCGACUGCGUCGUUCUGCGAAAGCGCCUCCGCUACUACCACCGACUGGUGGCACACCAGCCCUCCGUGGUGUGGGCCCUUAUGCAAGCGCGCCCGCGAGGGCGGCCCCUGCCGUAUGUUGCGCAGGUGAUCGUGGACCUCAACCUACUCCGGCGCCUGGCGCCUGAGUUGGACGCCGUGCCUGGCUGCAGCGAGGCUCCCAGCAUGUGGAUGUCUCGCAUGAGAGAAAACGACUGGACCUCGAUUGUACAGCGAGUCUUCUUCUGUGAGUCGUCGCUGGACAAAGUGGCCGUGCAAGGCUGCCACGCCCCGCCGGGUGUACAGUUCCGGUGUGAUAGGUGCGACGCCAGCUUCCCGACCAAAAAGGCGUUGUUAAAGCAUAAGCGGAUCGCUCGUAAGCAGACUGCUCCUAUCAAGGCGUUCAUUGACGAUUCGGGCGUAUGCCCCGCGUGUAAAACAGACAUUUUGGAGCGGCACCGCGUCAUACGACACGUGUCUGAUGGCCGCCGCCCGGCUUGCCGCACCCAGAUCAUGUCGAUUUUGCCAGUACAGAGCCCAGAAUUGGUGGCAGCGUGGGAGGCCCGCGACAACGAGCGAGUCAGGCUAGCCAGACGAGCUGGCUCGACCCACAUCCUGGCGGCCGGCCACGCGGUCACAGCCGCAGGCCGCCGCAUAGGACGUGCUACACAAUAAAUGCAGUAUUUACGAAUCACUUGAGACUCCUUCAGGGAAUUCCUCGCCGCACAAAAAGUGCGGAGCGUGCAGGGACAAUUCGCAGAACAGAUGGACAAAAGGCCAGGAGGCAUUGUAUUGGGGAGGGUUGGCGAAA